AUGGCGGCGGUGGCGGCGGGCGCGGCGGCCCCUCAGCAGCCGCCGCCGCCUCAGCAGCCGCCGCAGCCGGCGGGAGGCGGCGGGGCGGGCUCCGGGGACGCCGCGGGAGCCGCGGGUGGCGCCGGGGGCGGCGGCGCGGGCGGGGGCGGCGGCGGCGCGGCCGGGCCCGCGGCGGGGUCGGGAGCAGGGGGCGGCGCGGCCGCGGGCGAGUCGUGGUACCUGGCGCUGCUGGGCCUGGCCGAGCAUUUCCGCACGUCCAGCCCGCCCAAGGUGCGGCUCUGCGUGCACUGCCUGCAGGCCGUGCUGCCCCGCAAGCCCCCCGCCAGGAUGGAGGCCCGCACGCACCUCCAGCUCGGCUCCGUCCUCUACCACCACACCCGCAACGGCGACCAGGCCCGCGGGCACCUGGAGAAGGCGUGGCUGAUAUCCCAGCAGAUCCCGCAGUUUGAGGACGUGAAGUUCGAGGCAGCCAGUUUGCUGUCGGAGCUCUACUGCCAGGAGAAUUCCGUGGACACGGCGAAGCCGCUGCUGCGCAAGGCCAUCCAGAUCUCCCAGCAGACUCCCUACUGGCACUGCCGCCUGCUCUUCCAGCUGGCACAACUCCACACCCUGGAGAAGGACUUGGUGUCCGCGUGUGACCUGCUGGGGGUGGGAGCGGAGUACGCCAGGGUGGUGGGCUCCGAGUACACCAGAGCACUGUUCCUACUCAGCAAGGGGAUGCUGCUCCUGAUGGAGCGGAAGCUGCAGGAGGUUCACCCUCUGCUGACCCUGUGCGGGCAGAUCGUGGAGAACUGGCAGGGGAACCCCAUCCAGAAGGAAUCCCUGCGCGUGUUCUUCCUGGUGCUGCAGGUCACACACUACCUGGACGCCGGGCAGGUGAAGAGCGUCAAGCCCUGCCUGAAGCAGCUCCAGCAGUGCAUCCAGACCAUCUCCACGCUGCACGAUGACGAGAUCCUGCCCAGCAACCCUGCUGACCUCUUCCACUGGCUGCCCAAGGAGCACAUGUGUGUGCUGGUCUACCUGGUGACAGUGAUGCAUUCCAUGCAGGCAGGGUACCUGGAGAAGGCCCAGAAGUACACGGACAAAGCCCUCAUGCAGCUGGAGAAGCUCAAAAUGCUGGACUGCAGCCCUAUCCUGUCCUCAUUCCAAGUUAUUUUGUUGGAGCACAUCAUCAUGUGCCGGCUGGUCACGGGGCACAAAGCCACGGCCCUGCAGGAGAUCUCCCAGGUGUGCCAGCUGUGCCAGCAGUCACCCAGGCUCUUCUCCAACCACGCUGCCCAGCUCCACACGCUCCUGGGCCUCUACUGCAUCUCUGUUAACUGCAUGGACAAUGCAGAAGCACAAUUCACUACAGCCCUGAGGCUCACCACACACCAGGAGCUCUGGGCGUUCAUUGUGACAAACCUGGCCAGCGUCUACAUCCGGGAGGGCAACAGGCACCAGGAGCUUUACAGCCUGUUGGAGAGGAUAAAUCCAGACCAUAACUUCCCCGUGAGCUCCCACUGUCUCCGAGCAGCAGCUUUUUACAUCCGAGGGCUCUUCUCCUUCUUCCAGGGAAGAUACAACGAGGCAAAGCGGUUCCUGAGGGAGACCCUGAAGAUGUCCAAUGCAGAGGACCUGAACCGCCUGACAGCCUGUUCCCUGGUGCUCCUGGGGCACAUCUUCUACGUGCUGGGCAACCACAGGGAAAGCAACAACAUGGUGGUCCCGGCCAUGCAGCUGGCCAGCAAGAUCCCAGACAUGUCUGUGCAGCUCUGGUCCUCAGCCCUGCUCAGAGACCUCAACAAGGCCUGUGGGAACGCCAUGGACGCUCACGAGGCAGCUCAGAUGCACCAGAACUUCUCCCAGCAGCUGCUGCAGGACCACAUCGAGGCCUGCAGCCUCCCUGAGCACAACCUGAUCACGUGGACAGAUGGACCCCCCCCCGUCCAGUUCCAGGCCCAGAACGGCCCCACCACCAGCCUGGCCAGUCUCCUGUGAAACACAGUAACUAUCAGGACAAAACUUAACCAAACCAAGCCAAAAACAAAACAAAAAACAAGAAACAAACAAACAAAACAAAAAAAAAAGGAGGAAACAAACAAACAAACAAAAAAUAAUCCAUGCAAACUCCUUUUCUCCCACGAAAAAGGCAGCAGAUUCCCUCUGGCAGCGAGGCCUUGUUAGGAGAGAGGUGGCAGAAGGACGAGGAGCCUUGGUGGGAAGGGCAGCUGGAGCUGCUCUUCCCGCUGGGAAUACCCAGGUGUGUGCACAGAGCUGCUGGUUUUGAUCUGCUCCCCUCUGGCUGAGGAUUGAGGGUUCAGCCCCGAGGACUUUUGUUCCUUACCUUUGUCCCAACUCCUCCUGGUUAAAGAGCUCCCAGGAAGCGAAGAGGACUCGGUGGGAUUCCCGUUGGAUCCGCCCCCCCUUCCCUGGAGUGGAUCCCGCUGCGCCCUCCGUGGGGAUGCUGGGGUGGAAUCAUGGUGGAUUGUGGGGCCCAGCCCAGUUCCUGAGGGGGAUCCUCCUGGUUUUCUGUGCUGUUUGGAGAAGGAGGGGCUUUGGGGGGACAGGGUUUGGAUGUCCCAGGGCAGGUCCCACGUCCUGGAUUGGCCCGGAGUGGGACAAAAGAGCCACCACUGUGUCCCUGUGAGGGCCUCCCUUCCCUCUCCCUGACCCAGAACCACAGCUCUCUCCGUGGCUUGGUGGGUUUUAUGGAAGCAGGAACGUUCCUCUCCUGCUGUUUGAUCCCUUCAGGGGGGGCCAAAAAGCCCAGCCUUUUUUGCAUCUUUGCUGCAGCCUGGCAGUGAAGGCACCUGUGCCUUAAGGACUUACACAGGGUUAACCCAGCUGGUUAAACCCAGACCCAACAUAAGCCAGAGGCUUAGGAUAGAGCUACAGCCUUGCCCUGGGCAAAACUGCCCAGUUUCCAGGUUAGUUUUCCCGUUCUAGCUCAGUUUUCUGGACCCUCCAGCUGGGAGUUCUCCCUUGCUGUGCCUCUGCAGAGCAGGGCACAGGCUGGGCCUGCAGAGAGCUGGCAGGAGUUGAUUCCAGGUUUUGCCAGGACCCAGCAGUGCCUGGGGAGGUUCCUGGGGUUGAAUAAAGGUGUUUUUCUCUGUUGGUAGCUCUGGAUAUUCAUCUCCCAGCUCAAAAAGGCGAGGGCAGAGGAGCAUUUAGGGCCUUCAGUGAUUGUGUCAGAGAGAGAACUGACCCCCUCAGGCCUUGUCUUCGGUCACAGAUGGGUUUGGAAGGGGCCUUAAAAUCAUUUCAGCCCCCAGAGGUCAUUUUCCCUUUCCAUUCCCACCCCCUCCCUCUCAGCAGCUCACAGAGGUGGUUUCUUUGCAAUCCAAACCCUUCAGCUUUUCCCUCUGAAGGACAUUCAGGGGACAGGGUUUUGUCCAGCUACCAGAACAGGAUUCUGUGGAUCCUCUCCCGUGGAGAUCCUGUUCCCAGACCUUGGCUCUGGUGUGUUUUUGGGCCUUGUUAAAUCUCCAGAGGCGGAAAACACGGCCUUGACGCCACUGCAGGCAGGGAAUCUUGUCUCUGGCAUUGCAAGGAAACCCCUCAGUGCUGUUUAAACUCAAAAAUUAGGAUAGAAAUGUGUGACCCAGGGUCUUGGAGGCUGAUCAGGAACGAUCCCACCUUGGGAAUGCCCCAUGGACUGCUCUGCUUUCCCUUGCCUGGAGAGCAGCAUCUCCCUUUUAUUUCUCUGGAAGUCACUGAGUUGCAACAACUCAGUUUUUAAGCCCCUAAAUGCUUCUUUUCCCUGGCAGUGCCCUGAGCUCCUGAAGGAGGAGCCACUGGAAAAGAGGGGCUUGCAAAUCCAGUGCCAGGCAGGGCCUCCAGGCACUCUCUUGCCUGUCAGGACCUGGGUCCCUUCCAGCUCGGAAUAUUCUGUGAUUGACUUCAGUCUCAGCUCCCAGUAAGUGGCUUUUAGUUUUAGAAGCAGAUUCCCAGGAAGGGGUUGGGCUGAAGGGACCUGAAGGAUCAUCCCAUUCCCACCCCCUGCCAUGGGCAGGGACACCUUCCACUAGACCAGGCUGCUCCAAGCUGGGCUCAAACACUUCCCAGGGAUGGGGCAGCCAGGGCCUGGAAUUCUGGCCAGGAGAAAAGAGCUGCUCCUGUCAGGCAGGAUUAAAAAAACAACAAAACCCUGACUGCAGAGAGCUGUGGUUUGGGCUGGGCUGUGGGAAGGCCUCUGGCAGGGACACGUCCAGCAGUGCCUGUUGGGGAAGGUGCAUUUCCCAACCUCCUCGUGCUGCUCAGGGACCCCCCCAGAGCUGGAGAUGGGGGAGGAGGGACAGAAAUUCCCAGGGGCAAUUCCCACUGUGGCUUCUCCUGGUCCUUGGGGGUGAUCCAGAAGGAAGGAGGGAAGAAGGGGAGAGGGAAGGAAGGACUUGAGGGAAGGCUGAUCCUGAUCUCAGGGCUCGGAGCAGGAUCCAUGUGCUGCAACACCAGGAGGAUCCACCUGGGAUCGCUCUGGGCUCGGCUUUGAGCCCAACAGACCCCCCCUUCAUGCCAGGACUCAGCUCCAGAGCCCUCUUCCCACCCCAGCAUUCCCAACCCUGUGUAAAUUUGAACAUAACCCGGUGAUUUUCUAUCUCUCCAGUCCAAUGUACAUCAGUGACCAUGUACAGAAGCUUUUUAACUACACUUGUAUAUUAAAUUAUUUAAUAGUUUGUUUUUUUUUUUUGCUUUUCCAGUACCUUUUGUAUGUACCAGGGCUGAGAGCAAAGCCCUCAGCUGAAGUUCUGCUCGUUUUCAGUGUGUAAAGUUGAACAGCAAACUAGGAAGUUUACAAAAAUAACUCUGUCAAAGUGC